AUGGCAGCGUGGCAGACUUCUACAGUUACUGCAGUCCAGAGGAUGAAGAUCCAGGAAAGAGUGAGCAAAGGAGAGCAUCCCCAGUUUCCUCCUCCUCUUGCUGAAGCAGAAUUGGUACUGACUGGACCAGAAACCCCACCAGGCCAAGGCCUGGACUACGGGACUCUGACUGUAGGAUCAUGGGGCCUGCAGAUGCAGCCGCAGCAGCGGCUGCUGCUGCCCUACACCCGGCUGACGUCGCUACCGCGGGCGCUGGGCUGCGGCUUCCCGCACCUCCAGCUCCUGGACGUGAGCGGCAACGCGCUCACGGCGCUAGGGCCCGAACUGCUGACGCUGAGCGGCCUGCGCACGCUCCUGGCCAGGAACAACCGGCUCGGCGGCCCGGGCUCGCUGCCCAAGGGCCUGGCCCGCUCGCCGCUCUGCCGCAGCCUCCAGGUGCUCAACCUCAGCGGCAACUGCUUCCAGGAGGUGCCCCCCUCGCUGUUGGAGCUGCGGGCGCUGCAGACCCUCAGCCUGGGCGGCAACCAACUGCAGAGCAUCCCCGCCGAGAUCGAGAACUUGCAGAGUUUAGAAUGCUUAUACCUUGGAGGAAACUUCAUUAAAGAAAUCCCACCAGAAUUAGCAAAUCUCCCUUCUCUGAAUUACUUGGUGUUAUGUGACAACAAAAUCCAGAGUGUGCCUCCUCAGCUCUCACAGUUGCAUUCUCUUCGUUCCCUGAGUCUCCACAAUAACUUGCUGACAUACUUGCCUCGUGAGAUCCUCGACCUUAUUCAUCUGGAAGAGUUGAGUUUGCGAGGAAAUCCGUUGGUUGUCCGUUUUGUUAGGGAUUUAACAUAUGACCCUCCAACUCUUCUGGAAUUAGCUGCAAGGACCAUUAAGAUCCGAAGUGUUUCUUACACUCCCUAUGAUCUUCCUGGGAAUCUCCUUAGAUACUUGGGUUCAGCCAGCAAUUGCCCAAACCCAAAAUGUGGUGGAGUCUAUUUUGACUGCUGUGUCAGACAAAUUAAGUUUGUGGACUUCUGUGGGAAGUAUCGCCUCCCCCUGAUGCACUAUCUGUGUUCUCCAGAAUGCUCUUCUCCCUGCAGCUCGGCCUCGCACAGUUCCACGUCACAGAGUGAGUCUGACUCAGAAGAUGAGGCCAGUGUCGCCGCGCACAGGAUGCAGAAGGUCCUGCUUGGUUGAGCAGCAGUGGGUGUUGACAAUGCUAAAACACUAAGCAAAGAUGAUUCAAAAAGAAAAUGAAGCUUGAAAUUGAUUGGAAGCCUUACUGUUUUCAUCUUGACUGUCCAUGUAAGAGUUACAGUGAUCCAUCCGUUUAGAAAGAUUGAGUCCAGUUCUGUGCUUAGGUUCUUUGAGUGUAAUUUAUUCUGCAUGGCAGUUCAAAAUUCAUCAGCUGGUUGGUCACAGUUUUCACUAAGUCUUGGAUCAAACACUAGAAGAAUGGUACACUCUGAGGAGCAGUCACAAUCAGCCUGGAGUGGUGUUACCUGGGGCCAUUGGGUUGACCCACUAACUGGUACCGUAAGGACUAUCACUUUUAAAUGGAAUAUUUAAACUUCAGCUCUUGUUUGUGUGAUUGUUACUAACAUGCAGUCUAGCUGUGAUGUGUUAGUGCCUUAAUCCUAGCAAGAAUAUGGAAGCUUAUUCUAGAAAUGGUUUCAGAGAAGCCUGCAAGACACUUGGAAAUAUGCUUUAACGGGCUAGGUAAAGAACUGUGUAGAUAAACCUGAGCCCUACAGGCCUGGAACUCUAUGUAGAAUGGGCUGGCCAGAAACUCAGAGAUCCACCUGCCUCCACCUCCUGUUGCUGGCAUUAAAAGGUGUGUGCCACCACCUGCCUCCAUGGCCUUCUUAACUUCAUUUUGUUAACUGCAGUGAUCUCUUGAAAGCAUGACUUUUACACUUCUGGGAGGCUACAAUUGUGAUCAAUCUAUUUGCCAAAAGAUAGAAUAAUCUAUAAUAAUAUUUCCCAAGAGGAAAAUCUAGAUGGCAAGUGAUCUAAGAAAAACUGCUUUAUAAUAUUGGACCAAAUCAAGAAAAGUUGGCCAUGAUUGUACAUACCUCCAAACCAGCAGUAGGAGGUAGAGGCAGAAGAUGAGUUCAGAGUUAGCCUAGACACCAUAGUGAGGUUGAGACCAGCCUGGGAUGAAUGGAUAUAUAUAUGUUUGUCUCAAAAGUGGGGGUGGGCUAGGCUCGGGGUGGAUUUUAACCAUCAAAUGUGUCUCCUUUGCUUGUAUUAUAUACUAAACCGAAACUUUCUCUGCAUUUGAAAGAAAAACUAAACUAGAUAACAUGACAGUCAGAGAUAGUCAGAAGUGGAGCUCAUUGUGUUCAUUCACAAUAGAACAGUUCACAAAGUUGGUUUUAACCGCCGAGCACUGAGAAAGAAGUAUUAAUAAAACAAGACAGAAAACGCUAAAAUGUAUCCUUAAAGUGUAGAAGAAAAGUAGCAACACAAAUUAUUGUCAUUGGAAAUUAACAAAUUUACUAACUAGUUGAUUAUGCAAUAAAAAACUAAUAUUAAAACUGUAAGUUGGAAUUAGGAAAUACUGACCCUCUACUGAUGAUUAAAUAAGCAGCCUGUGUGUGACAGCAUGGAGACUGUUGAUGAGCGCUAACAGUAGGUCAGAUCACACUAGGGCGCCGGUGAUCUCUUAAAGAGUGCUUUGUUAGAAGUCAGCUGUAUGCUGACAAUAGUUGCAUGGUAGGUUUCUUGUAUAUAUUACUUUUAUUUUAGUAGGUUAUAUUAGUAGAUUAUAGGGUAAUUCAGGGUUUGUGUGUGUUUGUGUUCCGUCAUGAAACAUAAGAGUUUCGUGGCUGCAGUUGUGAAACGCUGCUAUAGUGAGUCCCCUUACCUUUUCCUCAAAAUAGUGUAGUAAGAUAAUUUUUUAUUUAGAAAUUUUCUUCCUGUGUUUAUAUAAGUGAUAUUUCUACUGCUAGCAUAGUUAAUUGUACGAUAGAAGUUAUAAAGUCUUUUUACUUCCCCAAGUGUGCAGCUGUAAGCUGCAGACUGCUAGAUUAGGACAGACAGUGAUGGCUUGGGCAGUACCCAAGUGUCACACUUGUAAAUGCUUUGUAAUUAGAUGACUUAAACAACAUAGAAUAUUUUCAUGGAAAAUGUUCAGAUGAUGGGACCGUAUUCUUCUGGUUUAAAUACUUCUAGUUUUUUGAUUGAUAAUCCUCUAGUACUAAGUAAUAGCUUGCGUAGCCUUUUAGGAAUCACUUGUAAAUAGCUUUGUAAAAAAAGAGCAUCUAAUGCUGCCCUUUCCAGUUUCCUAGUCACCUUUCAUAAAUGUAAAUACUCCAGCCUGUGGCUGUAGAUGUAGCCUGUGGAGUUCUUUCAAUGAAGUGUUGGGUUUUAUGUGUGUGGUUAAGCUCUGUGAACAGUGAGCCAGGUCAGCGUGUCGCUGUCUUUUGGGCAGGGGUUGGGUUUAUAGGGGUGGAUGCAGGACCUGUGCAUGCUGAACAAGCUACAGUCGACGCCUAGCAUAGGUAGCUUUUAAUGAAAUCUUCAUUGGUAGCUGUUUUGCCUUUUUGUUUGUUUGUUUGUUUGUUUUUAAUCCAUCUUUGGCCUUAUUCUUUACAAGAGCUGCCAAAGAUUGCUAAAAUCUUUUUUCUUUCUUUUUCAUCCUUUUCCUUUUUUAAUGAUUCCAUAGACAUUAGCUUAGUGAGAUAGGAAUUGGCCAUCUAGAAUUCUGAUCUUCUGAAGUCAGUUGAAUGUAGUGGUAGCAGUAGUCUGUCUCCCUAGUUAUGAAUCCCAUAUUUAUCCAGCUAGUGAACUCUUAGAGUUUCAGAAUUGGCAAGGGAUAAUUUUCAUAAUACAGCUGUUUUAUUUUCUGAGACAGGGCCUGGCUGUGUAGCUCAGGCUAGCCUUGAACUUACUGUAUAGCCCAGUCUUGUCUCAGCUUCCCAGCUGCUCAAGUCACAGGUGUAGAAGUAUGCCAGAGGUGCCUCCUGGUCUGAAAGUCUUGACGUUUAAAUUUUUAUCACCAAUAUUAAAAAUAAACAUGCAUUGUAAAUUGACUUCAAAUAUGAGAAAUUUGGGUGUGAUGUAAAUAAAAAUUAAAGGCAAUCCUCAAUAGUGCCUGUCACUGCAGACCAGUUCUGACAGACACUACAAAUACUGGGUUUAAAUGAAGGCUCAAGAAGAGGCUCCUUGCUUGAAUGUUAAGAAAAACAAAUCUUUAGAAGCAGCAAAGGAUAGGGAAAAUCAAGUCAUAUGGAAAUCCCUGCACCAGUGAAGCUCUGUCGAGUAAUAAAGAAUUAUUUUAAAAUUGAUUUGCCAUGUGGUCUGUUGCUGGCAUCUGAAAGCCUGGUCACUGGGUUUAAUACAGUUACUAUUCUCUUGGUCCCUGUGCUGGAGGCUGCUCCAUUGCUCUGGUAAAGCAGAGCCAGCAAGCUGUAGGCUUUCUCUUACCCUUGUUCUUCCCAGAGUUGGAAAGUAGUUCCUCAUUGGCCUCGUUACUAGUACAACACGUAGCCUUGGUGAAUUGCGCUUUUUUCUUUUAAACUGCAAAUUAUGCAUUUAGUAGUAGCUCUUUGCAUAAAAACAUGUUUAUUUUCUAAGUUCCCGUGUGAGUGCUUAUAGAUAGGAGUUUAUCAGUAAAAGUGUAUAUGUAAAAUUAUUUAGGUGCACUUAGUUUUAAAGAGCUUAAUUUUUACCUAGUUGAUUUGGCUUUCAUCUAAAAGUAGAUUUUAAGUAUUGCUCUCCAUUUAGAGCCACAUACUGAAUUGUUAAGUUAGGCUAGGCAGAGUGACCCUGGUGAAGGGUGCAGUGUAGGCUUCAGGCAGUGGGACCUAUAGCAUGUAACUCUGUUUCUUAGAGAAUAAGUGUUUAGUUAACCUCAUCAUCUGUAUGUUAAGCAUUUAAUAUUAUGUAACAUUCAUUCAGUAGCAUGUAGCUUUAUAUUUUCAUCAUCGUGUGAUCUUUUUGAUAGUGUAGUUGGUAGCAGUAUCCUUUGUGGUCUGAGAGUAAGUGCCUUAAGUCUUCCAUUUAACUCAAAAUACAGUAAAUAAAGUAUAUUAUAUGGUUGUCGGUGAUGGCCAUGUGGUCUUCUGCAUUGACUUGAAGGAGAAAGUCUGAUCCUGAGAGAUUCCUUUGCCACCACAGGCCUGCUGGUUUCUUUGUGUGUGUGUGUGGGGGGGGGGGGUCUUCUGGGGAGGGAAUCUUAAUCAUACUGUGCCAGGAGAUAAGAGCCCUCUGGAACCAAGGAUCAAGCACCACCACCAUCCUGCCCCCAGAAAAGAAGUGUAUCUUUUAUAUAGUAUUUUAUUUAAAUGUAUAUGCUACCACAAAGGACAACAGAAAUUCCUCUGCUGUCAUAGCAUCUUAGGAAAAUAUUGUCACUGAGGUAUAGCAUGUUGUAUCACUGUUUUCCUAUAGGCUGAAAGGGGUAGUUUAAUAUUAGUGUAAGUGCCACCAUUCGUUUUACAUUUUUUUUUUGAUCUCUUUUAACUAAGCAUUAAAUUAAGCAUUCCACUAACUCACAGCUGAACAUUAGAAGGUGGUCUAGACAGGUGCUGCUAGGCUUUCUCUUAGCAUUAGUCAGCCUCAGUAAUCGAUAGAAUAUUCAGUCUCGUGUGCGUGUUAUGUGUGUAUUAAAUCUAGUAGCUUAGUGAAGGUCAUUUACAUGCAGAAAACUGUCUGCAUUUGCUAGAACAUGCUCUAUUCUUUUGGCCUUGAGUAAACUGAAUAAAAUUGUUUAUUAUUCAAAACUCCAGCUGGAGGAAGAAACUAGGAUGAGGUUGGUGUUGCUAUUACUGCAGUUGACUGGCUUUGUGGACAGGGAUGGUUGAGAAUCCCUGUUCUCACAGUUAACAUGGUCAGCACUGGUGUUCCUGAGAAACUGUGACCCCAGUGGUCACUUUCUAACAGCCAUGUACAGACUUGUGCUGUGGUGUUAGAACAGAACACAGUGGGAAAGUCUGUCUGCAUAACCAGCCUUCGCUUUCUGUGAAGUUGGGGCUUCAAAUGCCAACAAGAUGCUGAAAAGGUGUUACUUCUAUUUUGGUCAAAUUAUUAUGUAUGUUCUGACUUGUUUAGUCUUCAGUACCUAAAGUCUUACGUAUUAGAAAUAUCUGUAUGAGUAUAUAUAUAACUAAAAUGUAACUCAGAAAUGUGAAUUAAUAAUGGAGUUUGUUUUCUGGAAAAGAUGUAGUCCUGUUGUAUCAAAUUUAUGUUACCUUAUAAUGGCUAAUAUUCUCAAAAGAAUAUUUAAACUAUUUAAAUUCUUGUGCCUCCUCCCCCAAAGGACAUGAAAAAAUAUGAUCUUAUAUUAACUUUAUAUACUUUCUUCAUGAAUUUUGCCUUAAACAUUGUGCCUUGUUUUAUUAAAUUGUUUUAUUAGAUUCCAA